UCCUUCACUAUACAACACAGUUCCACAACACAACACAACACGAACACCUCCUUUCAAUCAAUCCAUGGCGAUGGCGAAACUCAUUUCCGCCCUCCUUCUCGCUCUUCUGUUCUUCCAAGUUCAUGCAAGGGAAAGCCAUUUCUUCAGCAAAGUACCCAACAAUGGCGGCACCUUCUACACCAAAGAAACCCAAAUCCCCAACAAGGCGGAGGAUCCUUUGACAAGCCCACAAAAAACUAGCGGCACCCCACAAGACCAAGACCAAGACCCCAACUUCCUCCCUCAAACCCAAGACAACAACUACGGCCUCUACGGCCAUGAAUCCGGCCAGCUCCCUCCAAAUUCCGACGACAAUUUCUCCGGUGACCGCCCCGAUGACAAUAAGUACAGAAGAAACGACGCCGUUCCUUACAAAUCCGAGUCAGAGGAGUACGACGACAACGACAAUUUCCAAAACAGCAACACGAAGCCGUACGAGAAUUCGUUUUAUUACAACAAGGAUCUUUACGACAACGGACGACAAAGCUUCCGCAACACCCGCUUUUCGCGAAAUGAUUACACUACAACUCCUUUAUACAACCAGGAAAAAUACCACAACGACGACCACGACGACGACAACAACAACUUCUACUACAACAACAACAACAAUGCCAACAACGUGGUACGACAAGGGAUGAGCGACACGAGAUUCAUGGAGAAUGGAAAGUACUAUUAUGACCUCGACAGGGAGCCUCACCAUUACAGCAGGUCCCGGGGCUAUUUCCGUAACAACAACAACGGGAACACAUACGAGUACGGUAAUUCCAUGGGAAGGUAUCAGAAUCAGAACGAUGAGGCAGAAUUCCAGGAGGAACUCGAUGAUUUCGUGCCAUAAAUUUCUACCCACUCCUUAAUUAAGUGAAAAUAUCUUUAUUUUGCUUUAUUUACUUCAUAUUUAAUUGUGCUCUGUUCAAAAAACCAUGAAUCUCACCACUCCACCAUAGAUUAAAGCAU